UCGCUCCGUGACGUAUUAACGACUGGGUCAUUCAGUUCUCACAUCACCAAUCUUUGGAAGAAAAUAACAUGUAUCACACUACCAGAUAGUUGUUUAUAAAUCAGCAACACGGUAGAACUACUAUUGUUUUUAUUUGGGCAUCUGCAAUUUGGACGAAAAUGACCGAUUUGACCGAAUCGCUGCUUAAAGAAGGCUGGCACUUCAGUGAUGAAGGAAUAGAAGAGCUAAAAGGAUCGGCAGAGAAAGUAACACCCAGUGAUAUUAUUCGCAUUGCACUUGAUAGUGAUCUCAGGCCUAUUGGGAAAAAGGUUCUUCCAUCCGAUAUAAAUAGUGGAAGAACUGAGAAGUUUGAGGGUCCAUGUGUCCUCCAGCUGCAGAAGGUGAGAAACGUCUCGGCUCCCAAAGACCAUGAGGAGUCCCAAGGUGCUCCGAGAAUGCUGCGCCUCCAAAUGACAGAUGGGCACACCACCUGUGUUGGACUGGAGCUGAAACAUCUGUCCAAAAUCAGCCUGAAUACACCCCCUGGGACGAAGGUGAAGCUUGUUGGUACAAUUCAAGUUAAAAACGGUAUUUUGCUGCUCGACGACUCAAACAUUCACGUCCUUGGGGGAGAGGUGGAUCACAUGGUGGAGAAAUGGGAGCUACAAAGGAGUUUGGCCAAACACAGCAGGAGUAACAUUGGAGCAGAAGGUGGACCUCCACCCUUCGUGCCAUUUGGUCAGAGGUGUGGAAGAAAGGAUGAUAUCGACAGCAGAGAACUCGACCAGAGAAAAACCCUGCAGACUCAGAAUGUGAUCAAAACCGCAGAUGAGAAUGAUGAGUUUGAAAAGCAGCGGACGGCAGCUAUAGCUGAAGUUUCCAAGGCCAAAGAGGGCCCUCGCACAUUUGGUGGUGGAGGAAAUGCAGGGAGUAAUUUAUCCACUGCAGCAUCCUUCUCUCGAAGCAGAGACUCUUACCAGCAGAGGAGGAGAGAAGAAAAGGCAGAAAGAACAGAAAGCCGAGCAGAUGGAAACUAUAGAGAGCUGGUGGAUGAACGUGCUCUGAGAGACAUCAUGGAGAUGGGCUUUAACAGGGAGGCUGCCCGACAAGCUCUGAUGGAUAAUAAUAACAACCUUGAAGUAGCACUAAACAGCCUUCUGACCGGAUCUUCCGGUGGCAGACCUGGCUCAGCGGUCCCUGAACCUAACAGGACACAACCCAGAGGUUCAUAAAAUACACACACACUCACACAUACCAGCACACGCAGAUAAUUUUCCGUGCCCUGCAGUGUAUUUUGGAUCUCCAAACUUGGCAGGGGUUAGGAAAAGGUUGGGUAGCAACGUGGCCGUCCCUGAAAUGCACUGAAAAUCACCAGCAGCCUAAUUAGCAGUCCCAAGGGCUGCGCUGCGGCUUUUAGUUCGUUUAUCAAGAACAGCAUGCACUCUGUAAGACGGGCUUUCUGCCCCCAGCGCACGAUAAGGUUUCAGUUAGAUGUUGUUUUACUUCAGUUAUGCUGUACAAGUUUUUUCCUAACAGAAAAUCAUACUUUAGCAACUUGAAACUCACUUAAUCCUAUUGAGUUCUUUAUUUUUUGUACAUAAAUCACACUUGGUCCUGAGGGCCUCUCCCUCUUAGCUAAAGUACAACGCCUGUUUAAGAUGGGCUAAGAUU